AAAACAUCGGACUGAACAUGUACCUUUAAAGAAAAAAUUCAGAAAUAGUUUUUGAAUUAGUGUGUCAUAAACCAAAUGGAUGGAGAUUGCCAAAUUUAGGUAUUUAGUACAAUGCACAAGCACCUUGGUUGACUGUGGACAAAUUCUGACCAGGAUUAUUUCUUGCUGUGUGAUUUGGCACCGUAAUGGAGUGAAGUUGGUGCAAACUGGAUUGACUUAUCAAAGUAGAUUUUCUGGCGUGUCAUGGUUUAAUCUUGUUUUUAAACAUGAGAAUCUUUGACAUUGUAGAAUAACAUAACCUAUUCUUGUUUGCUUUGAUUAUAUUAGGGUGAAGCAAGGCUGUAGUAUGUUUCAGUACAGUAUCAUUCUCUUGUAUACAAAGUUUUGAAUGUAUUGCAAUUACCUUGUCAGGUAAACAGUUGGGAAUAGCUACCCCCAGAGAUACUACUAAAUAUAGGGAAAUAUUUGCCCCCGUUUUAUUUUCGCUCCUUUUACCCUUGUUGUCAGCGGGCAAAUUUAAGACUCGGCGAAUCCCAAAGUCUCAAAUUAUUUCAGAGUAGUGAUUUUUAAUUAAUAGCAAUGUAAGCAGUUGUCUGUAAACAUUUUCAUUCAAUCUGUUGACCCCUCGUCCCCUUUUGAGUAUAGCGUGGUCAUUGAGCAAUGGUUUGUCUUGAUGUCAUUAUUUCCCCUAGAAAAUUAGGAGACAUCUUGGGGACAGUGUGUUGUCAUUGUGUACUUGACAAUGCAAAGAACCUGCUUGUUGUGAAAAGAUUAUCACCAAUCAGGGUUAGGCAAGGCUGCGGUAUGUUUCAGGACAGUAUCUCUUGUGUACUAAGUCGGGAAUACACAAUUGCCUUGUCAGGUGUGACAAAACUGUGAGGAUGUCUUCCUGUCGUGUGAGGAAUGGAUAGACACAGUCUGGAUUCAGGACCGCCAGCCUCACUAUGGAUGUGAUGGAGGAGGAGGAGGAAUACACCCCCCAGGAAUACAGGGACUAUCUGGAUGAGGAAGAGGAAGAGUUGCCUCCCCUGAAUGAGGGGGAUGAAGCGAUAAGCUUGUAUGACAUCUUGGUGGAGCGAGAUAAGUCCCUGACAGAGGAGGAGUUAUGGGCCCUUUGUCGCGAGUGCUGCCUUGUUCUGGAAGUGGUCAACAAUUCUCCAGAGAUGUUUCAGACCCUGUGUGUGACUCCGGACACAGUGGCCUUUGAUGGAGCUGGGAAUGUGUGCUUUCUGGAUCUGGAUAGAGAUCCAGAGCCCCUAUAUAUACCGCCAGAGUACGACAAUGUUGGGAACUCAAUUAAGUCCCACUUGUUUUCCCUUGGGAUGACCCUGCUCUAUGCUGCAGAAUACAAUGGAGAACCCAACCAGGAGAUUUGUCUGGAACUGCGGGAACUGUUCGGAUGUAUGACAUCGGAGCACCUGGACACUCGUCCAGACUUGGAGUCCAUCAUCACUCAAUGUGAGGAAGAGUUGUGCGGGAAAUCGUCUCAGGAGAUCUGCUGUGGGAUUGGAGGAUUUGCUGCACCAUUCACUCCAGCUCCUGAUGUAUCAUCUGUUGUGAACUAUACAGAUAUAACUGAGGGUCUCAACAGCUACUUAAAUACCCAGUCUCUGAUCAUACCAAGCACAGACCCAGAACAACAGGAAGAACCCCAGCAACACUCCACCCCUACUGGAUCUCCCUCAGGGAAACAGGAAGAAACUGGAUCCGUGGAUGACCCGGAGGAAGAUAUCGAGAACUCAGAAGACGUAGAAAACGAAGAAGACAUGCCAGUCCGUGGAAUGUUGACGGGAAUGCCCCUCCCCACAGGGAACAGGGAGAGGAAAAAUCCACCCCGGGGCUCCAAUAAACAAGCAUUUAAUUUUAGUUCAAAUUUAAUUUCAAAUAGUACCAGUGAUAAGUUGUCCAAGGAUGUUAACUUAAAUGUGAAUGAACCAGAGGAGAUGUUGAGUGAUUCUAGAUUAAGUGAGGAUGAACCCAAAGUGACAGUAACAGCUGAAAUCAAAUCUUCUGUGUCGCCCGACAAACCAAAGCCACCACUGCCAAGGAAACCUAGCCUAAAAGACCCGCCUGUUGUAAAGGCGGAGAGUGUCCUAGAAUUGAUGGAUGUUGGGAUGCCAACUGACAUUAACAAGAUGAAAAGUGGGGCUAGUUCCUCUACCCCUAAGACGGGUCCAGUGGAGGCCUUUACUGAAAACAAGGAACCCCAGGGUGAAUCCUUGAUGGAUGUUUCUAGUUCAUCCUCUGUGAAGCGGACCGAAUCGUCCGAGACAAGUGGUUCUGAAACAAAGCCAAAGCGGUCAAAGAAAAAACAGGGUCUGACUAUAAAUGAGGUUCUUGACUCCCUCAAUCGAGAGCUGACAGAGGAGGAAUUGUGGGCCGUGUGUCGGGAGGGAAUGAUAGCGCUACAGCGCAAAAAGAAGCACUUACCGGCAUACAUCUCACCAGAUACAUUGGUCCUCAGAGAAAAUGGUAACUUGUCCUUCAAAGCAAUUCCUGAGGAUAAACCACUGGAGGUUAUCUUCAUGGCACCGGAACUACAGCAAAAGGGGAAGCUCUCGGACAAGACCUGUCUAUAUGGACUUGGAGUAACUCUUCGAUGCGCAGGAGGUAAAAAGUACUCACCCAUAUCAGCAAUGACUGUGUCGGAGGAGUUCAAAUCCCUUCUGGAGGAGUUGGUUAAAUCAGAUCCUGCUGAGAGGCCUUCUCUUGAGACUGCCCGACUUAAAUGUGAUAAUAAUGAAGGGGGAAACAGUCUUCCAUCGAACAUUACCUGCAAAAAUCUCUUCCAUGAAUCCUUCACCAAAAUGAUGAAUCUAACAAAUAAUGGAACAAAAGAGCUGGAGGCAGCGGAAGAAUCAGUACCUGAGAAACCAAUGGAAAUGCCAAAACCCAAACCUAAACCUCCCCCCAAACCACCAAGUCCCAUGUUGUCUGCCUUCCGCCCAAUCAAAGGCCCUGUUAUAAAACCUCAGAUUGGGUCCUCCUCAUCAGUAUUUGCUCCUGUGGCGGUGAAACCCGAGGGUAAAGUUGGAAUGCCUUCAGCCUUUACCUCAUCGGCGACUCACUUCAAGCCCAUCAUCCUCCAUAAGACUGGAACCUCGCCACCAGUGGAAGAGAAGAAGGUGGAAGAGAAGAAGGUGGAAGAGAAGAGAGUGGAAGAUGUGAAGGAACAGGAUGGAGAUAAUGACAAAGAAGUCGUCAGGAAACUGAAAGAACUGAAGAAGAAUCUAAUGAAACAUAGGCAGCCUGUGAAAGAAUCGGAGGUGGAAGAAAAAGAGAACCAAAAGGAACCACAAGUUACAUCUGUAAAGUCUUCCAGUGAUAUUAAGAAGGAUUUGGCAGAGGAGACUGUCAAAACAAAAGCUGGUAACACAGGUUCCUUGGACAAUCUGCUUUCAGAACUCCAGAAACAGGGAGGUGUAUCUGACACACAGUCAUUAGCUGCAGCUAUUGCACAACAUCUGGCCAAAAGUUUACAUGGAGGGCAGCAGCAGACAAAUGAUCAACAAGGGCAGGGACAAAUGUUAGGAAGGCAAAGCCAUAUGGCAACAGCAACAGCUCCCAACAUGAAUCAAAUGUUUAACAUGCAAUUAAAUCAACAGAUGUCAAAUUUCCCACCCCAGUACCAGCAGCAGUUGAUGGGUCAGACCAUGACCCUGCCUCCUAUGGGUCAGUUUGGGGGAGCAAUGAUGCCAGGGUACCCAAUGCAAGUCCAGCUUCAACAGGACCCAAGGACUGGAUUGUUCCAGAUUGUUCCAGUUAGCAUGGUAACUGUGAGCUCAGCUCCAGGUAGUCAAGCCAACUCGGAUGAGUUCACCAAUAUGGAGGAUACUACUCGGAUGAGUGAUCCUGGCAGGAGUCCAAAGCCUAGACCAAGGCGGUCUGGUAACGAUGCAUCCAACAGUCCCACUACUUUGCCAAAACAGAAACAAGGCAGACAUGGAAGAACUGCCAAAGAUCUAGUGCAAAAGACAGCAAACAUUAGGUCUAAGAACCUCCAACAACAAAACAUGCCAAGUAUUUCUAGUCUUUCAGGUCCAAAGGAUUACGACUCAAAGCAAUGGUCUUCCAACCAAGACUCAGAAAAACUUUCUAGUCAAAACAAGGCAUUUAACGGGGAGGGCGAGCUUCCCUCUGGUCAGUAUAACUCCCUCCCCAGGCGGCAAAGUGUUCCACACAACUCGGCGGACUAUCUCUUGCACCCCCAGUCCCAGAGAAUCAGGUCCAACACCUCCUCCCCCUCCCCUUCCAAGGACAGUGGGGUGAGUGGGGUGAACGGUGUGUAUAAACCCCCAGACCCGGGCAGCCUGAUGGAGCGACUGCUGAACAGUAACACCAGCCUGACCCAGCAGCAGAAGAUGGGGCGCCUAGUUCACCUGCUGAGGGAGGAGUUUGCUUUUGAUGGCUACAUGGAGAAUGGAGUGGAGGACAUCAACAUGGCUGAGUAUGUUAUGUCCCUUGGGAGCCUGAAGUGGGAGACAUUUUCGAGUGCCAUUACUGAGAAAUAUUCAGAUAUGUACUGGAAAGUGGACCUGUUGGUGUCUUUGUUUGAGGCAGUCAACGGAAUCAAACCAGCCAUCCUCAAUCAGUCCAGCAUGCCAAACAGGAAUUCCAUGCCACCACCUGACACAAGAUUCAAACAUGCUGAUGACCCAGAUGGCUCAUCCUCAAGCAUGUCUGAAGCCAAUCAGGAGCACCCUUACAGAAAAAACAGGACCGACAAAGCUUUCAGUAACAGGGCUGGUGAUAGGCUGGGAAGUCGACCACAGUCUGUGAAUGUUUUACAAGCAAACUACGAUACCUCAGAUUCUACGGACAACGAGAAGAUGGAAAGUAGACGAAGGCAUCGUAGGAAACAUAUGGAAAAAGCAAAAAGUUCUUCCAUGCACAACCUUGCCUCACAUGCUAAAGGCUUCUCUGUUGCUUCAGAUGGUGACAACGGUUUCCCUGGAGGAGAUACAUGUAUUCCCAAUAUUAAUGCUCAAACUGCCACUGCUGAAGAUCAAAAUACUCAAGACGUUAACCGACGCUUAUCCUUACCUCAUAACGGACUCUCCCCACGUGAUUCAUUUCAGUCCAGUUCUGGUGCAAGUCCUCGCGGAUCUCAUGUUCAGCCAAAUCAUUUAAAUGACACUCCCACAAAAGAUAGGUCCUCAGAUGGUGGCCAAGACAGCCCUCACUUAAUUCAUGUUCAGAGCCAGAAAUCGGACAUUUCUCAACACUACCGCAAGAACCGGAAUGCUGCGGUGGAGGGUAGUUUGUCAUCUCGCAGUAGCAGCAUAUCAGAUGUUCGCGGCCCCACUAAACUCACCCGCCACCUGUCUCAACUCUCGCUGAGCGAGGAGAAGCAAGAGACACUGACCCCAUUCAAGCGGAACCACAUCCUGUUUCAUUACGCCAUGAUGCAGCUCAACAUGUCUAAGGACCUGGAGAAAUUCCUCCAAGAUAUUGAUGAGGAAAAUGCGGAACGUCUCCAAAUACAGCUUGCAAGCCUAGACCAGCAAAUCAUGAUGGAAAGAAGAACAAAGAGAAAAACACAAGUCUUCUUCAAUAAAAUAUCAGACAGUCACAAAAAUGCAAAAGACCAGAAAACAACAGUGUCCAAGGACCUGGAGGAGAUGAGUCAGAAGAUCCGGUACCUACAGCUGUGUAGGAGCCACAUUGAGAUGCUACAGACAGAGCUGGCCAGCAUCAACCCCACCUUCCUCUUCUCUCUCAGUGCCGGGGUGGGGGAGGCCCCUCUCAGGCUGAAGCCCCAGUGUGACAACCCCCUGCUACAGUUCCAGACCUUCAGGGAGCCGCAGACGGGCUGUGAGAUCCAGGUGGUGCAGGCUGGGACAGUGGAGGGCCUCAUAUCUUACCUGUUUGCUUCGACUGCAUUAAGUUUUGGAUAUGUCCACCAGUUCUUUUUUGGUUUCCGAUACUUUGUCAGCCCAGCUUCUCUCAUGGACUUCUUGACGUCAAGAUUUGCUGCCAUCUCCAGGAGCAAAGCCCGAGAGACAAAUUUACAGAGGUUACAGAGAAGGGUGGUGGAUCUACUCCAUUUCUGGGUGGAGGGCUUUUAUCCUGUAGACUUUGAGGACAACGAGGACCUGAUUAAUUCCCUGCAGUUCUUCUUGGAGGAACAAGACAUUGCGACAUUUUCUGAAGAAGGCAAGAAACUGCAGGAGUUACUUGGCCUGUGUAUGGAGGGCAAUAGUCGUGACCUGCUGACCAGCGGUAUUGUGGGAGAAAACGUCCACGUUUAUAAACAGAAUGGAUCUACAAAGAAGAUCUCACUGGCUGACAAAAUCCGCGAGUGGGACACUCUAAAAACUGUGACGAACAAAGGCACUCGCAAAGACCCUGCAUGCAUGAAGUCCGGGUUUUCUGUGUGUUUGGAGAAACGCAGAAACAGUCACCACAUGGAGGAGGUGUACUUUCCGAAAACGGCGCGACGGACGGAUGCCUUCACACUGGCGGACUACACCUCACAGUGUGUAGCUGAACAGCUGACCCUGAUAGAACAGGGCAUCUUCCAGAUGACCCACCCCGUUCACUACCUGAACUCCAAGGCCUUGGGGGUCAGUGUGGCCCUCACCAUGUCAGGGGCUCGCACCCCCUCCAUCAUGAGGUUAAAUAACAUGGAGGAAGCUGCUGCACCAAAUGGAAACAGCUUAUUUGUGUCAGAGAUCUCAGACGAUCCUGCUAUAGAGAGGAUGAUUGACCACUCGCGAGAUAUCUCACACUGGGUAGCUGCCGAGAUAGUCAGCUGUAGCUCAUCCAAGAGCCAGGUUGCUGUUCUUAGCAAGUUCCUGCAUGCUGCUCAGCUGUGUAAGGAAAUGAGGAACUAUGCGACCUGUCUGGCUAUAGCUGAUGGUCUGGAGAAUAUCAUCAUCAAGCAACUCCCUGCCUGGAAGAAUCUUCCCACUAAGUCCUAUGCUGUCAUGGAGGAUCUCAAAUCUGUCCGGAUGUUUCUCAAGAAUGAUGCCAUGUCUUUGAUGAAGCAUGCAGACAGCCAUUUGUAUCCCACAAUUCCCUCUGCUCUGUUGUUCCUGUUACAUGUUCAGCAGCAGGAAAUUGGCAGCUUCAAGCUGGCCAAUGACAUGGUCAAAUGGAGCAAAAUCAGGUCCAUUGCCCAGACAGUAGACCAGAUUCGCAUCUUCAAGGACCAGAUGUACGGGUUUGAAGCCGACUAUGAAAUGCAGGACACGCUGAUGCAGAGGGUGCGAGAGUUCAGUUCUCAGGAUAUCCAGUCCAUCGCUGCCCAACACGACACCAACUACCACAAGAUGCCCAGCGGCGGUGGCGGUAUUACUGCCGCCUUCCGCAAAAUGAAGGGAAAGUUUCAGUCCAAGUAGACUAGGAGAGAUAAUAUAGCUGUACUGGUAGAACCUGGGAAGGGUAUAUUUAGGGCAAGAGUGUGUAGUUUGAGCUGUACCGUAGACCAGUCCACCUUAUAAUGUGGCCCUCCAUUGAUUGUGGAACUUGACAAAGACCAGGAACUUGUUUGAACUUUUAUAUCGCUGUUUUAUGUAAAUUGGUAACACCUUAAGGAAAUGAUUUGGAUGUCUGGUGACGAGAGACAAGAUUAGGAGACAGAUUUAAACAUUUAAAAGUGCAGCGUUAGUCAGAUCUUAUAGAAAUGUACAAUUUCAAUCAAAUGGAAAUUUUCUUUGUAUAUUGUAGUGAUAUUACAAAUUUUGACUUUUACACAGUUAGUGUUGAUGUAAAUAAAAAUUUAUGUUGUAGAAUUUACUAAUUAAUUGAUGUAUAGAUCUGAGUGAAUAUUAGUUAACGACUGCUAUUAUGUCUUGCCCUAUUUUAUUCACCAUAAAUGUAUACACUUUUGUGCCAAAGUAAUUUUGUGACUUAAUUUUGCAAUAACUGCUUUUCAUUCCAAUUUCAUGUCAGUAGAAUUAAUGCAAUAAUUUCAUUCUUAUUCAGUGGAAAAAAAAUCAAAAUGAUAUUGCAUCAAAUUAAAACACAUAGCUGAAAUAGAAUAUUUUUUUUAAUCUCUAGUUUACUAUUAAGGAAUAAUUUUUCAAUUUAAUUUAUUUUAAAAAAAAAAACGUUAUUGACACACUUUACCAAAGAGUAAAGGAGAUAUGUUUAAAGGAGUAAGAUUGUUUUAUUUUUACUCUUGGAUACUAGCACUUACAAUAGCAACUCCUUACUGGGGAAAAGAAAAACAAAAAAAUACAAAGUGCCUUGUAUGGAGAGAAUAUAAAUGUUUGUUCAUCAAAUUUUUUACAAUGUCAUUUUUUUUUAUCUUCAUGAAAAUCACAUUCUACAGGGUUUUUUCUUCUUCCAAAGUCGGGAUUUUUUUUUUAUUGAUAAGUGCUUUCCUGUAGGUUAGACACAUUUACGCCCAUAUAGGUAAUUAUAUGUUGUUAUACAAGGCACAAAAAAAGAGUUCAUUUAUGUGUCUGUUGUCAGUGUCAACUCCCGUCCACUGAAUGUUAAUUACGCCUACACGGACACUGAUGUCCUUGAAAUAUGUAUUCUAUAGCCAUCUGUGAUAACAAACUGAGUGACUAUUUAUACCAUGUACUUAUAUCCAUACAUUUCAUUUUUUAUUUUUUUGUAGAAACAUACACCUUAUUUAUAUAUCUGUUUACAUGAUUUUUUGUUUGCAUAUUUUAAUGAUGGUUCGAUUGUGAUAUUGCAUAUAUCUGUAUUAAUACGUUGAAUUCCAGGAUAUAUACGUGUACAUAUCAUUUUUAUUAUAAUUUUGUUUCCUUUCUAACUGUGUACUCCAAAAUAUAUAUUACAAUGUUCUUAUCGGAAAAAUGUUUGUAUGUGGUUGAGUUAUGUAAAGUUUAAACUUUUAUACAUAAUAUAUACACGUAAUAUAUGAGCAUUUAUAUCAUCACUCAUGUUGAAACUGAAAAUAACAGUAAAAAUAAAUGUGAUUAAAUGUG